AGGGGUCUCUGGGGUUCCGUCGGUGGGAUGAUCAGUCUCCAUCGAGCAGCGAUCACGGAAGCAUGGCGAGAUCAGAAGAGCGCAGUUCGAGGCAUCGUUUCCUUAUCGGCAUCACUGGCUGGUCCCUGGCAGUGGGUCUUAUCUGCCUGACCUUGGCUGAUUCGGCCCAAGCGGCCGACCUGACUGGCGGCACUAUUCAGGCGGUGGAGAGACUCUACAAUCAGGUUCUCUACUCCACCAUAGAGGAUGCCCGCCAGCGACUUCCCCACCUGCCGGCCAACGAGACCAUCGACAGGCAAUAUUUCGAGGAACUGGACGCGAUUGCCGGAAACGAGGAAUACUACAGCACUGCGUACUACAUCUUCGCCUGGAUCAACAGCGAUCUGAUGUCCCACCGAACCCCGGAUAAACUGCUUGUUGAGGUUCUGCCAGGCGAGAAGAUCGCCAUCCGCCAGUUUUUCGGGAAGGUCAAGCCGCAUCUCACCAAGUAUCUGCGACUCAGUCGGCAGGACAGUUCGGAGUUGGUUUCCAAUAUCACCCGCUUGGCCUCCGAAACGGAGGACAGUCUGAUCAUGUCCUACCUGGAAUUUCCGCAAAGCCUCAAGGGGCAACUUCCCGAGCUCCAUCUGAUGGACUACUCCAAACUGGCCCAGGCUCUGGUGGAGGGCGUGGCCAGGGGCAUAUGGGCGAAUUUAUAGUAUAUCUCUUAGUACACAAAAAUAUUUGAG